AUGUACGGCCAUACACUGUUGUUUCAAAUAACCAUAAUAAUAUCGGUUAAAAUUAAUUUGAUCGACUCGAUUAACUUAGAUUAUGGAAAAAAAGGAUUAAUUUUAAAGGAUAUAUUCAAAUAUAGAAGGAAUCCAGAAAAAAAUGGAGAAAUAGAAAAAUUAAAGGCAGAUGAAGAAUCCCAUAAAAACAAAUUUAACUCAAGUACUAUAGAACCUGGAAGCAAGGAAUCUCAGUUGGAAGAUAAAUUGUCGAGAGUUGAAUUGGUUUUUGGGUCUUCAGGAUUAAAACUGCUGAAUCGGUCAAAUGUGUUAGUGCUGGGAGCAAAUGAACUAUCAUCGAAGAUAAUCACACACCUAAUAAGAUCUGGAGUGUCUUCUGUGACAUUAUGGGACUGCGAUAAGAAUCUGGCAAAGGUUAAAUUGGAAGAAAUAAGAAUAUUGAACCCAGACAGUAACAUAAAGAGCACACACACGGACCCAGAGGAAUACAUAAAGAGCGGAGAUUACUCAACAGUAAUAUUUGCAAAUCGGCCAAUAACAGAAGCAAUAAAAUAUAAUAAUAAAUUUCACAGAAAAUGUAACUUUGUAUACGCCUUUGCCACAGGAACCUACGGACUGGUAAUAAACGAUUUUGGAAAGCAUGAAAUAAGAGUAAAGUCGGAUUACUCACACCAAGAACACACGUGUAAAUUAGUAUACUCGGGAAAAGAAUCAUGUUUGGAAGUAACAGGUUCGGAUUUGCACGAUUAUAAAAGGAGUGACAUGGUACAAGUAAAAUACACACAGAAGCAUAGUAAAAGUAAAUUAAAAAAUAAAAAUAAAAGUGAGUUGAGUGAUCGCAGUGUUGUAAUUGACACGUAUAAAAUAGUGAAUGUUGACAGAACUGAUAAAAAUACUGUAAGAAUAUGGAUAGAAACGAGAAGGAAAAGGGCGCCAAAAAAUAUAUUAUCAGUAAAAAAAGUAGAUGAAAAGAUAGAAGUAAAUUUUAGUAAAAUUGAAGAUUUAUUGAGUAAAUUGUUGGAAACGAGGAAGUUGAAGACACUACUAAGGUUGAUAUGUGAUAGAGUGUUAAGGAACAGAGAGAUUGACAAGCUGGUUAUCAGCCCAAGCUGUAACAACAGAUUAAACAAUAGUAGUUUGUCAGUGUUGGCAUCGUUUAUGGCACUAAACAAAGCAAAAUUAUACAACUUGAAGGAAGACUUGGAUUCUAGGAACUUUUAUGAUUUGACAAAGGAGGUGUAUUCGACGGCAGACUGUGAAACAGUGAGCAUUUUCAACGAGUUGAGGGACCUGAGGAUACCAGCAAUAACAACAUUGAUAGAUAUUUGGUGGAUAUCAUUUGUUAAUUUGAAUGCAGGAGCCCUGGCUGCACAAGAAGCUAUGAAGGGGAUUACAAAGAUGUUUACACCCGCUGAUAUGAUCCUCGUUGACAGAAGUGAUAUAUUUACAUUAAGAAACAGUGAGUCAGCAGAAUAUAAAAAGAAAAAAGCAAAAAAAUCGAUAGACGAUGUAAAUAGGAAAUCGUUUUUGUUGAUAGGAGCUGGAGCACUGGGUUGUGAGUACCUAAGGCUGUUAGCGGAGAUGAAAGUACCGAGAGUAGCAGUGGUAGAUAACGACAUAGUGGAAACAUCAAACCUCUCAAGACAGUCGCUAUUCACGCAAAAUGACAUAGGAAGCUCAAAAGCAAAAACCGCAGUGAACAAUUUAAAGUUGUUGCACGACACAGGACAAUACGUAGGCUAUGACAUGUCGUUUACAGAGGGAGUAUACGGAUAUUUUAAAUCGCAACUAGGAGGAAGUGGAAGAAGAGGAAGUAUGGUAAACGGUGAUAAGAGAAGCGAACAAAAGAGUGAAAUGGAUAAUUGGGUAGGAAUUUCUGCCGUUGAUAACAUAGAGGGGAGAUUGGCACUAGAUGGGUUUUGCACACAAAACAGAAUGCCACUGGUGGAAUCAGGAAUAUAUGGGAUGCAGUAUACGAUUAUUAGAAGCAAUGGGGACAAUAGGGGAUCGGAAGUGGUGGUAACACCACAACCCACGUCGAUCACAGUGCCGUACGUGACGGAGUCGUUUUCAAGUUCAGUGUCAGGAGAGAGCUUCAAGGGCAAGAAUAGCUGUUCAGUAAAGGGAGUCCCAGAAAACAUCGACGACUGCAUUUUCUAUUCAAUCGAGCUGUUCUCAUGGCUGUUUAAUGGGCAGAAUGUGAUGUUGAGAAACUUUUUAAGAGACCCGAUAAGGGCAGUGGAGAUGGCACUAGAGAGGGGAUCAAAUUAUUUCUACACACUGUUGGGAGUGGUGAACGACUACCUGUUGAUAAUCAAAGAGCCGAUGAGUAACCGACACGCUAAGCAUAUGCUAGCGUCAGAAAACGUGGAAAUAAGAAAGUGGGCACUGAGAAUGUACGAAAGGUACGUCGGCCACGAAACGGAGCACAAGAAAGUGCUGACAGAAACGCUGAGUAACCUGAAACUGAAAUCACUGAAGGAGUUCUAUCCAUACUCUGGAAACAACGUAAAUAAGUUGGACGGUAGGUCGUUUGAUUGCAACAAGCUGAAGUCACUAAUCAGUCAAGGCUUUAGCAUGUUUGAAUUCACCACGAACACGGACGGUACCAGCAACAACCACAGUAAAAGGCUGGAUAGGAAUUCCUUCUUCGCUGAAUUAGAUAGGUACAUCAGUGCUGUUAAGAAAAGUACUACCGGCGGACGUAAAGAUGAACUUUCAAAAAUGUGUGUUAGCUCCGGUAGCAAUGUUGUGUCAGAUGAGAGUAGAGCCAAGCUAAUGCUGUUGGAGGAAGGUUGUGAGGACUCUGUCAAUUUUAUAUAUCGAAUGUCAAAUGUGAGAGCCAAUAAGUUUAAAAUACCAGAGUCGGAUAGAGUUAGCGUGGUGAAAAGAGCGAAAAACAUAGUACCGGCAGUGUCAACAUGCGUGUCAACAGCAGCGUCGCUUUCAUUUCUGGAACUGUACAAGCUGGCACUGUUUUCAAGACUGGAUUUGCAUAAAAACCCGUCCGGUAGUACCGUUAACAUCAGAAUUGAGAAAACAAAGCAUGAAUGUGCGCCCUGCAAUAGCGACGACGUCGGUGGCACUGAAGUUGUGCUGAACAGUAGAGUAACACUGCGGUACUUGGUGGAAAGGGACGAAAUAGGUUUCUACAACAAGGCGAAAAUGAUAUUCAAGAUAUACCCGCACGAUUACGGAAAAGGUGAGAGCGAAACCAGGUAUUUUAACAACUACUUCUUUAACACGGCAACACUCAAGUUCGUGUCAAAUAUCGCAAAUAAGCCAGAAGUGUACACAAUCAACAACGAAAAGUCAAUUUUAAAAAGUUUAUCACUAUCAUAUUGGGAUUACAUCUACGUAGACGACCAUAGCAAAAAGGUUGAUAGAACCAUUUCCAUGUAUGAUGACUUUGACGAUAACGUGAACGUCACCAGUACAAGUAACUGCACAAGUAACGGAUCAAGUAACCGAAUUAAGAGUAAAAUAAUAGGUCGUGUAUUGCGGAAUAAGAUCCUGUCAAGCGUGUUUCUGAAGGAAAAUGAGUUUUUUAAGAACAUGCUCGAUAACGAGGUAAAGAGUGACCACAAUUUUAUAUACUUGUACGAGUUGGUCGAUUUAAUAGAGUACGUGUUCGACGUGAACGUGGACGCAAUAACGUUCCAAUCCGGCUACGUCAUCGUGAACAAUAUGAACAGAUCUAAGUUACUAAAGGAUUUGCUGAGUGAGCGCCUGAUGGCCAAAACACCAACUCCGAAUUUGAUUUUGCACAUUAUCGCGAGGGACAAGGGGACAAACGAAUCAAUAGAGCUCCCAGACAUUCAAUAUAGAUUUUAA